AUGACCCAUUUGCAUACUGGACUCAGUCCAGAGACUAUAGAGAAAGCCCGUCUGGAACUUAAUGAAAACCCAGAUGUUUUGCACCAGGAUAUUCAGCAAGUCAGGGACAUGAUCAUUACAAGGCCUGACAUUGGAUUCUUGCGUACAGAUGAUGCCUUCAUCCUGAGAUUUCUCCGAGCCAGAAAGUUUCAUCAAACAGAUGCCUUCAGAUUAUUGGCUCAGUAUUUCCAGUACCGUCAGCUGAAUCUGGAUAUGUUUAAAAAUUUCAAGGCUGAUGAUCCAGGGAUCAAACGAGCUCUGAUUGAUGGAUUCCCAGGAGUGCUAGAAAACCGUGAUCACUAUGGCAGAAAGAUACUUUUGCUGUUUGCAGCCAGCUGGGAUCAGAGUAGGAAUUCCUUCAUAGACAUUUUACGGGCUAUUCUCUUGUCCUUGGAAGUUCUGAUUGAAGAUCAAGAGCUUCAGAUAAAUGGGUUCAUUCUAAUUAUAGACUGGAGUAAUUUUUCCUUCAAGCAAGCUUCCAAGUUGACCCCUUCCAUCCUCAAACUGGCCAUUGAAGGAUUGCAGGACAGCUUUCCUGCUCGCUUUGGAGGCAUCCAUUUUGUGAACCAGCCAUGGUACAUCCAUGCCCUCUACACGCUAAUCAAGCCCUUCCUGAAAGACAAGACACGGAAAAGG